UUGGUUUGAAAUAUUUAAGUAUCAAAAGUAAAUCCUCAAAUGUUCUCAAGUAUCAAAAGUAAAGGUAAUUUCAAAUUCCUUAUAUUAAGUAAACCAGACAGAACCAUUUUCAUUUUAUUUAUGGUUAGCCAGGGGCAUGCUCCUAAACUCAGACAUUUUACAAACAAUGCAUUUGUGUUCAGCGAGUCCCCCAGAUAAGAGGCAGUAGAUGAUCAGGGAUGUUCUCUUGGUAAGUGUGGGAAUUUGACAAUUUUCCUGUCCUGCUAAGCAUUCAAAAUGUAAAAAUAACUUUUGGGUGUCAGGGAAAAUAUACGGAGUAAAAAAAUACAUGAUUUUCUUUAGGAAUGUAGUGAAGUAAAAGUUGUCAAAAAUAUAAAUAGCAAAGUAAAGUACAGAUACCCCAAAAAACUACUUAAGUAGUACUUUCAAGUUUUUUUACUCAAGUACUUUACACCACUGAUUAGACAUAGGCUACUGAGUGGAUGGUUACAGUUAUCGUCCUGAGACGUACUUCUUAUGCAUAGCCACAAGGGGUCGUAUUCACCUCGUCGGUGGGAGCACCAGCCUACACGAUCAGUGACACGAAAGCAUCCAGGGGCGGAGCUAAUUGAGCAAUUUUGGUAUUGGUUCGUAGUAUACUAGAACCAUACCCAAUUUACUGUGUGGGUUACCGGUGGCAUGUCGGUUGCAUUUUUUCCUAGCUUUAGCUUGCGAUAUGUGGAAAAGAGAUAAAAUGUCAUGAUAGAAGAAUUCGAGGCUGUUUGAACAGAAAAGUGCCUGACAAAUGUAUUGCUUGUUCUACAAUGUAUUGUACUCCAAGAUUUCAAGACUGGUCAGUAGUUAGUCAAGAGCAUUUGAGUCAGCAUCGUAUCAAGCACACAGAAGAAACAUUUGUGAGGUGCCAAUACACACUGUGGUCGGUCUCAAGGUCCAUUACAAUACCCUUCAAUGGCUUUUUUUGCGAAAAAGAAGAAAUCCAAGUUUCAGACACAUUUGACAUUGGAGGAGCUGACUGCAGUGCCUUUCGUGAACGGGGUAUUGUUCUGCAAGCUGAGAUUGUUGGACGGUGGAGACUUUGUUGCAACUUCAUCAAGAGAGGAGGUUCAGGAGAACUGUGUUUGCUGGAAGAAGAGGUUUACCUUUGUGUGUAAAAUGAGCACCAACCCCACGACUGGAGUGCUGGAUCCCUCCAUCUGUCGGGUCUCUGUGCGGAAGGAACUCAAAGGAGGAAAAACAUAUUCAAAGCUGGGUUUUACUGACCUCAACAUGGCAGAGUUCGCUGGCUCGGGCUCUGCAGUCCGCUGUUGUCUGCUGGAGGGAUACGACACCAAGAAUACUAGGCAGGACAACUCCAUACUGAAGGUGACUAUUGGGAUGGCCCUCCUAUCUGGAGAUCCGUGCUUUAAAACUGCUCCCAGCACAGCCAAGUCCAUCUCCAUCUCAGGCCAGGACCAUGUCCUGCAGCUGGACUGUAAGGGGGAGGGCACUGGAACCCCUAACCGGCCCACUUCUCUGGGCCGGUCCAUGAAGCCCAGGCCCUCGAUCAUCAGCUCAGGUCUUCCAGAGGAGUCAGACCAGACCCAGGCAGCUAGCCCAGGGGAAGUAUUCCAGUCGGGGCACUCUCGCAACUCCAGCUAUGCCAGCCAGCUGAGCAGGAUCUCAGGCUGCAGCACAGAGCACUCCUGCUCCUCUAGUAUGUCUGACCUCACACACAGGAGGAACACCUCCACAGGAAGCGGCACAUCUGGGGGCCUCAGUGUGACAGUAGACACUCCAACAGAGGGAGAGAGGCCAGGGAGACCCCCUCGGCCCGUCUUGCCAUCCAACAGACCCCCCAGGAGGAAGCAGGAUUCCGUGGAGAGCCAUCCCUCCUGGGUGAAUGACACCCGCAUCGAUGCCGACGAUAUUGUUGAAAAGAUCAUCCAGAGCCAGAACUUUGCUGACAUAAGUAACACUGAAGACAGUAACCUGCGACUGUUUGUCAGUAGAGACGGCACCACAUCCCUGAAUGGUUUACUGCGCAGUAACAGGGUGUGUGCUGGUGUGUAUGAGCAAGUGGUGAUAGAGAGCCAUUACGACUGGUGAAGAUUAAUUUUAAUUGAGGCCUCUGCAAUGAAGCUUGUGGACUAACUCUAAAAAUAUAAUGCAGUCAUCCUGGAGCACUGGCUGAGCUGGGAGCCAUGAGGAGGACAGUUUACACAAAUAUUAAUAACUAUCGGACAAAUGUAGUACUUUAAAGAAAAUACCAAUACAUUUUUUUAUAUGCUACUUUGUAAUGUAUUUUUCCCUUACAUGACCCAAGGCACCAGACCCUCUCUGUGAUGACCGUGCUAGUCUCGUCACCACUGAAGGAGAUCUGGUGAUGGAGAAAGUCCUCAGCACUGUCUGACUGGUGUUUGUCCAAUUUAGACUGUAGUACUUUGGCUCCCUCUUGUGGAGAAAUGGCUUACUGAGGGAUCAGUCUCUUUUCUUCAACCAACUAUCUCAAUGGCAUACUCCCAGGAUUCCUCUCCCCUCGUCCACUCGUUUCCUUCUCAAAACCCAUUGGAUGAGAAAGCCAGAGGUCCCUCCCUUCUGACCUUCUCUUCCAAUGGGGUUUGAGAAGGAAACGAGUGGUUUGGGCAUACAUAUUCAACAUACUUUUACACUAGUAGAUGUCUCCAAACAUGAUCUUAUGAAGGAUCAUGAUUUGUUUGUUUUCCAACCAGCUGGCUGGUUUGUUGUAUUUUUAAAAUGGAUUUUAACACUACAAAGAUGGUGAAAAGGGUCCCUGUUGUAUUAUAUAUUUUAUAGAACGUCUCUCUCUCUCAUAUAUAAAAACUGUUCUCCUGCAUAUCUGAAUGUUAACUGUUAACCUUUCGAAUACUAUGUGACUAAAAUGACUGUUAUGGAUUGAAUGGUUGUAGGUCUGAUACACUUGUUCGGCGUAAACAUUUUUCAAUGUGCUGAUAACUAUCAUCUAUAAGUAGUCUGCCUAUGAAGACUGCCUUUAAAUAAUAUCAGUCUGUGUACAGUGCCUUCAGAAAGUAUUCACACCCCUAGCUUUCCUGUGUUUGAAGAGGGUUUUAAGCUAUGCACAAAGUCCCAGUGUCCUACACAGACAUUAACAAUGUCUAAUCUGGUCUUUUGUAAUAUUAUUUUAACAAAAUAAAAUGAUUUUAUAUUA